AUGUCUGCUCAAGCCGCUCCGAUCAUUCCCCCUCGUCCGGCUCGAUCGCCUCAACCGGGCACUCUUACAGAAAUGCCAAAGAUUCCUCCCCGUCCAAGUCGCCGCUCAGAUCGGUCUGUCUCCCCCAUGCGAGACAGCUAUGCGCCGUCUCCAUUCAACGAGUGGAAUGGGCCGGGCAUGACCCGCACAACGUCGAACGACCUCCCGCCUCGUCCACCCAGUGUCACCAUCCCCUCAAUCGGAGAGGAGGGUAUCGAGUAUGCCGACCUGAAUGUCGGAUCCAUGGCCGACAGCCACCAUCCGGCACCAACAGAGACCCGUAACGUUAGCAAUGACCUCAAGAUUCACGCACCGCGCCCGUCUCUGCCCACCUCAAGUGCUAAAGCAAAAGUGCAGGCGGUCACCCGCACGGAUUCUCGACAGGCGGCUGCUGCAGGUGUAGGUCGCGAGAGCCUAGACUCUCCAGCAUUGGAUGAGCAUGAUCGCAUUCGCCGUCCAUCGAACUCUCGAGCCGGCGGCUCCCGCCCCGAGUCUGCGGCUUCGGACCGUCGACUCUCCGCCCACUUUGGCGAGGAGCAGGGCUUCCGAGUUCCCAUGUAUCCCAAUGCUGGAGAUGUGCAGGCCCCAUCCCCAAGCCCUUAUCUCGAGCAUGGCUCCCAGCGACAGGGCCGCAAUCACCACCGUACUCGCAGUGCUCGUGAUUCCUCCUUGCCUCCCGGUAGUUACGGCCUGCAUGGUCAUGGUGUUCACCACAACGACAAAUUCGAAAAGGCUUGGUACGAAAAGCACCCGGACGAGUUUGUGAAGGAAGAGGGUCAAUAUGGUCCGGGCGUGGGCACUCCGCGCCCCGACUGGGCCCUGAGCAGUGAUGACCUGAAUAAGAUUGUCCACGGACCAAGCCGCGCUGGAUCCGGAAUCGGCACUUCACCCGCAAUUGCAAGCACCCCCAACGAAGAAGUCGGGUAUCUGGCGUCGGAUGAAUACACACAUCGAAUGGCUUCUCCCGAACCCGAUGCUCGCCGUGAGCAUCAGAACGUCGCAGAAUCCCCGCUUCGACAGAUGUCAUUCCCAGCAUCCGAGAUUGAGCCCAAGGUUCCAGCUUCUCCGUUGCGUCAUUCCCGACGAACCUCUCACCGUCCGGAUGCCGAAGUGAUUCACGUUGACGACCCAAUGCACCCCGUUCACCACCCGGACGGCUUUUCUGCGACCCCGGCGUCUCAUACCGAAACCCCUGACGCUCAGAAUCAUAUCGAACGCGAUGAGCCUAUUUUGGCUGCCGAUGAAGUCCGCCCUGGGUCUGCUUAUCUGCAUCCUGCGAUCAGUCCCUCCAUCGAGCACCGAGGAAGCUUUGAUGAAGAGCGUACUCGUACCCCGAGUCUCUCCCACAGCCGCUCCAACAGCAGGUCUGCUGUUGCGAAGGGAAACCCAACAUUGGUGCGCUAUGAUUCCCGUGACCUCCAUGAGGAUCAAUCCACUCCCCUCGAAGAUGUUGAGGAAUACGAGCCUCUUUUCCCCGAGGAGGGCGAUGCAAAGAAACCCCGUUCUCUCUCGGCUACCGAAAGAUUCAAAAACCGCGCCGACCUGCUGAAGCACCGCUUCCCUAGUGAGGAUAUCUGGGAGGAUACUCCGAACAGUCUUCAGCUCCAUGCCACCGUCUCAACGCCAGACCUCCCCAAGUCCGAUUCAUCGGAACUGUUCGAGACACCCGAACAGGAAGCCGCCCGAAAGGCCCAGGCCCCCAAUAUUGAUUCGCAUGAGGUGGCACGUCACGUCUUGCAGGGGCCCAACAAGAACAACAGUGCCACAGGUCCUUCCCGACCCGAGGUGGUGAAGCAACGCUUUCCCAGUCGGGAUAUCUGGGAGGAUGUUCCCGAAAGUCAGCAGCUAGAGACGACCGUCGAGCCCGCCAGCGAAGAAAUUAAAAGCCCUGAAGUGCCCUCUCGGCCAUCUAUCCCUCCACGCCCGCAGAAGCAGGCGUCUGAAGCAUCUGCCGCGGAGAAACGCCAGGCACCGGUCAUUCCAGAUCGUCCAAAGCCACAGAUCCCAGCGCGACCAGCCCGAUCUAGCGCGCAGACUGCCACGGAGCCCGGUGCAGGGGCCAAGGCAAAGCCAGCAGUUCCAGCUCGACCUGGCGGCAGUAAAAUUGCAGCUCUCAAGGCUGGAUUCCUCACUGAUCUCAAUUCACGCCUUCAGAUGGGCCCUCCGCAGCCAAAGCCUCAGGAAAAGGAGCCUGAAGCACCCGUGGAGAAGCAGCCGCUCAGUGAUGCGCGAAAGGGCAGAGCUCGUGGCCCCACACGGCGAAAGCCUGCUGGCGACAAUGCCAGUGCCAGAUUACCCCCCAUUCCUGAAAUCAAGAUCACGGGAACGUGGAACGUCUGGUCUGUCGGUGAGGAUGGUAACUUGACCGUGGGAAGCGAAGAAACUAAGCCGCCUGUUUCCUCGACUGAAGUUUCAGCCCCUUCUGUAACCCCUAUGGCCCCUCAGCUUGCCAAGAAUAUUGCUGGCGAGCCAGCUGAUCCUGUCUCGGAACACAAAUCUGUGUCAGGUGAAAGUCCGUCCGAGGACAGUGAGUCGCAGAAAAUCAGUGCCGCUCAGUCUCAGACUCCGACAGAAGUGCCAACGGCGACCUCGACGGAGGAGCCAGCGGAGCUUGAGCACGAGGCCUCAGAUUCUGCCCUCGAGGCGACACCAGCUAAGACCAGCACCGAACCGUUGACCGCGCAUGAAACUACCCCCGAUCCUUCUACCAAAUUAGGAGAAGCUCUUGAGGAUCUUUCUGCAGCUGCUAGUGCCAAGCAGGUCUCUGAAAGCGGCACCAGCGCUCACCCUACCAAUGAGUCUGUCUAG